UUUUAUCAUCAUCGCCUUUUCCUCAUUAGUGAACUUUCCUCUUCAGCCAUGGCUUCCAAUCCAAAACUCCUGUCUAUCAUCUUCCUCUUCGCCCUCUUCUCCAUUCAGAUCCAUGCCAGAGAGUUCUUCAGCAAAAUCCCAAGGGAAAACAACAAUGAAAAACAGCCCACCGUCAAAGAAGAGCAGCAAGAGCCCAGGUUCACUCCCCAGACCCAGAAUGGCUACGGCCUUUACGGCCCGGAAACCAACACCAAAGGAACCUAUGAACCCUAUGUCACGCCGGUUAAGUUCCACCCCGAUGAGCCCUACAGCAUGAUCCCUGAAUCCACAAACAACAACAACAAAGACGGUUACUUCCACAGCAAGAGCGCCGUCGAGAGCACCCAGAAGAAAAAUCUCGGCGAAGCUCGGUUCACCGAGAAAGGAUGGAGCACCGAACAAAACCAGAACAACAACAACAACAACAACUACUACAAUGGCAACUAUGAGUACAAGAAGAAUGCCUAUGGAGAAGCCAUGUUCACAGAGAAAGGAUGGAGCACCAAAGAGAACAACAAUAACAACUACUACAAUGGCAACAAUGGGUACAAUGGCGAGAAGCAAGGCAUGAGCGAUACUCGAUUCUUGGAGAACGGUAAGUAUUUCCAUGAUAUUAGAAACGAGAACAAUUACUAUCCGAACCAGUUGGAGAACUCGAGGGGAUUCGCUUCCAGGAACGAGUUCAAUGAGAAUCGUUACAACAUGGGAAGGUACAACCAGAACCAAGAGGAGUUCGAGGAGAACGAGGAAGAGUUCGAGCCAUGAAGGAGGGAACUGCUUGGUUUUUUCUUUAAUUAAAUCAUAAGUAUGAAACUUUACUAGUAAAGAAGAUUGAAGAUUAUUUAUUGGGUCUUGUGUUUUACUUUGUUAUUUUCAGGGUUUGCAACUUUUGCCUUUGAGGCAGAUAUGCUAAAAGAUAUGCUAUGAGAGACUUGUGUGCUUUAUAUUUCUUUUACUUUAUCAAACAAUGUAUUGAAUAAAAAUGUAAGUAUGUUUCAAUGCUA